AUGAAUAUAUCCUUGGCUCUUGAAACACUUCGCAAUGCACCAAGUGAAGAUUUACGUGACCAUAUAAAUGAAGCCGUUGCGACUUUUCGAGAAAUCGAAGCGCGUCUGAAAGACGUCUGUUCCCCACAUCAUGAAAUUAUCCACGAGGUCACUUCUGUUGAGCAGCCAACCUCGAGAGAAAAUGUUGAUAAAACGGUCCCAACGCGUGCGAUGAAGCUUCUGGAUGCCUUGAACAAAACAUCACAUUGGACAAUAAAGUCUAUCAAACUUCAACCAGAACAUGUCUUGAGGUUGAAACGUCCAUUUGUUCUCGAUAGGAGGCUUGCCGAUAUUCACAGGGUUGAGGGGGAUCCCAAGGCCAAGAACAAAUCUAAGAUGGUGAGGGGUCUUGCUCAGCGCUCGCUAGCACUACAAGGAGAGAGGGCCGGCUUUUUGGAUGUUGAAAAUAUGUGCGAGAUUGCUUCUUGUAUGAGGAAGAAAAAGGUCAACCGAGGACGACAGGGAACCAUUUCCUCCUAUGUGACUGAUGAAUUGGCUAUACAGGAGGAGGACAAAAGUUUUGCCACCAGAGCCGUCCAAGCGGGCAUGAGGCAGUUGGUAGUGGAACGAAUGCUCAAAAAAAGGCUUGAAGGAGAAGGGUACUCUACAACGGCAUCGGGAAUAUCUGCCUUUACAGCUCUCGCUGUCCGGCCGUUUAGGUCUCUAAAUUACAGCGAAAUUCCAGAGUUUCUGGAUCUUCUGCUUGGCUCGACUUCAAUUGAUUCGUCACUCUCAGAGGGUGGCCCAGCGACGGACGGCAGUCCCCCGGUAUCCAUCGCAGAUAUCAUUCAAGAGACUUCAGUAUGGUUUGAUCGUCUGCAGACACAUUACGAUAAAUUCGUUGAUCCUUGUACACUUUCGGAGGAACAGCGACUCGGCAGCUUACUUUCACCCCUCUUGAGUAAUAAUAGGAGUAUGAGUCACCCGCCUGAUAGUCCGGAACACACUUUGAGAUCAUCCCACGAAAUGGAUAACUCAAGGGAGUCAGAUGUGCUAGCUUCUCUUCGGGGCGUAAGCCCAGGGAUCUCAGAUGCUGGGGGUGCAUUGAACGCCGCCCAAUUACACACAUCAGCGCCAUCAUCAUCAGCGAACGUGCAUGGAAGCCGAGCCAAAGCUCCUCGUUAUAAUACGGCAGGGGUGCUUGCGAGGGCAGAUCCAUAUUUUAGUGACUCUUUGGCAAAUUCGGCUUUCAUUACUCAUGUCGAUGGUACAGCCAACCAAUACCAAUCUCCUUGCCAACCAACAACAAAUCAGAUCACUCCGGCUCCUAAUUCUCCGCCAAUAAAUGAUUCAUCUGAACAAUCAUUCUCUGAAACCCUAACUACUGGCUCUUUGUCAAACGCAGUGGAUAUAUCAUCCCCUGGCUCAGACACAUACAGUCAUCGUUUUCGUCCCAGCACUACCAACCAGCCAGGUGAGACGUAUACUAGCGCCGAGGAACUUGGAUUUUCGCUAGAUGAACAACCAAGGAACGUUACUGGCCAGUCUGGGCUUGGCUCACAGGCAGAAACUGACGUUAAUGCGCCCCGCUUAAAUGUACAAUUUAUCGAACCCCUCUACGAUCCCCGCUUCAAUAUUCAACCGAUCGACCUUCUUUACGAUCCUCGAUUCAACAUACAGCCCAUUGAACCCCUAUACGAUCCGCGUUUCAACAUACAACCGAUUGAGCCCCUGUACGAUCCGCGUUUCAAUAUACAACCGAUUGAGCCACUGUACGAUCCGCGUUUCAACAUGCAACCGAUUGACUUCGUCUACGAUCCUCAUUACAACCCACAACCAAUCGAUCCCCUAUGUGAUUCGCAUUUCAACCUACAAAUCGUUGGCCUCCACGAUUCUCGCUUUACUGGGCAAUCGCCCAGCUCUCCUUUAGAUGUGCAGCCGGUCUUAGACCCGCCAUUUUCUGCGCAGUCGAGCCAGUUUCACCAGUCAUCCUCUCAUACGCAGCAAGUCACACCUGGUAUUCAGAACGAACUAUCGGCUAUUGAUUCACGCUCGCCUGAUCAGCUUGGUUCCCUUGAAUUUUCAAACCCACAUGAGCCUAGGCCUCUAUCAAGCAGUGCCCAGCUCACUCGGGUACUGGAAUGUUCAGCAUAA